CAAAUAGCCGCCCACGUAACGGGGCUGAGGUCAGUGGACCCCUCAGAAGCGGUGCUUUGUUUAUAACACUUGCACCGACGUCCUUUACUCUCCUUGAAUUACCAUUUCUCUCCCCCUAUCGUCCUUUUGGCCUUCAAGCCAAGUUUCUCCUCUCCUCUGCUUCUCGCCCAGGUCGCUAGCGAGGACCGCAUAUACCAACUUAUUCAAGAUACCCGCUGAGGCUUAGGCCCUAGACCGAAUCCCCAUGGGAGCAUCCUGCCCGUCAGACAACACCCAAGCAGUCGACCAGAGCAGUUUCUGGAGCGGUGGAGCUCACUGGGAUGCACACAGAGUAGGUUGGGCCGUCUCUGGCGCCUGUGCCCUCGCGCUCAUAGGCUUCUAUCAGACCGUUCUUAUAUCGUCCAUUACCGUGCUACAGCAUUCCUUGCACUACAACAACCCCGGCGAGCAACGGCAAAUUUUGCGGGUAUUGUACAUGCCCCCGGUAUACGCCGUCAUCUCAUUCCUUUCAUACCGAUUCUUCCGAGACUAUACAUAUUACGACCUUAUUGAAACUGCCUAUGAGUCCAUCACCCUCAGCGCUUUCCUCCUGCUCCUUAUCGAAUAUGUCGCCGCCACAGCAGCAGAUCAUGAUGUCAAGAACGCCAUUGCACGGAAAGAUAAGAAAAAGCUUCCUCUUCCAUUCUGCUUCUGGAGGUAUCGGCCGACCAAGCCAUACUUCAUGUACACCGUCAAGUGGUCCGUACUGCAAUAUGUAAUCAUUCGGCCCCUUCUCUCCAUAGUCGGCAUCAUUGCGCAGGCGACAGGCACUCUCUGCGAGUCUGGUUCAUGGAGCUUCAAGACGGCGAAAGCGUACAUCACACUAUUUGACGGCAUUAGUAUAACAAUUGCGCUCUACGGCCUGUUUCUCUUCUACGGCCUCACCAAGGAAGAGCUCGUGGGCCGGCGCCCGCUCGCCAAAUUCUUGGCGAUCAAGCUGAUCGUCAUGUUCACUUUCUACCAGUCGUUUAUCUUCGACGCGCUCGAGGGGAACGUCAUCCACGCGACCCAUUUCUGGACAGAGGCAAACAUCGCCGAUGGUCUGAAUGGGCUUACAAUCUGUAUCGAGAUGGUGUUCUUCUCAGCAUUCAUGAUGUGGGCGUACACGUGGAAAGAGUACAAGGUCCCCGGAGAACCACGGACGAGGAUUGGCAAGCCUCUGUGGGACAGCAUUAACUACUCGGACUUCUUCGUCGAGAUCGUAGGCUCAGUUAAAUACUACAUCGACCGGUGGCGCAACCGUAAGGGCGCGAGCCGGCCGCGCGUGACGGUGACGGACAACCAAGGCAAGAUGAAGGCGAAGGCGAACUUUGAGGAGGCGUUCGGCUUUUCGGGGUACGAGGCCACGGAGGUCGAUGCAGAGACGGAUGCAGGCGCGAUGCGCAUGCGAGGUAGCUACGACGAAAAUAUCCGGCUUGCGCCCUACGCUUACGGCGGUGCCGGCAGGCGCCGGGCGACGAGCACGGAUGACGUAAUGACGGCGAGUGGUGAGAGCCAGGAGCACUGGCAGUACCCGUCGCCUGACCUCCACAAGAUGGACGCGCCGGUGUAAGCUUAUACUGCCGUGAAUUCACGUUUAUAUCUUCCCGAAAUUUGCAUUUGCCAUGUAACGACUUCGCAAUCCCACUUUAGUUUGUAUUUUUGUCAUCUAAUGUAUUACUCUACACCUUUCCUUUGUCUUUCUCCAUUUAGUGCUGCGGAUGCGUUGCAUGGCGGGCUGGCGUGAGAUGCUACUCUUGAAAAUCGCACUCGGAUCUAACUUAUUAAGCGUAAAGAACAGUAAUCUGUGCUCGCCUCGCGCACGCUCAGUGACAGUUGGGUGAAUCUAAGGCUACAUAUCCUCGACGGAAGUAAACUAAGUAGAUAAAAUCAUCAAGUCUGGCUACAGAGAGGAGUCACGCCGUAAGGAUCAAUCUAGGUCACAGGUUGAACUCCUCGCGUCUAGAACUUCGAAGCCGGUGUACACACUAGAAGCCUAGAGAAACAUCUCCAGGCCUCCUCCAAUGCGUCAGGUGAAGACAUGCAUUACGCCUUCGGCCUCCAUCUCGGACAUGUGCAAGGGUAGCUCGGUGUGCGGGGACAGGAGCUCGUGGAUCUGCUUCUCAUAGUUCGCGAACCGGUUGACGUAUGCCGGGAGCUUGGCCGUGGCGAGGCUCUCAGCCUUGAUCUGCUGGCCUGUGGGAGUGCGUUAAG